AUGUGGCUCAUAGUUUGCCUCCUUACAUGGGGCUUACUCUCCGGCCCGGCUGUGGGCUGUGACGACGAGAUUCUCAUCUCCGACUCGGAAACUUGGAACCAAUGUCUUGCCAUUCUCACAUCCGACAUGUUCAGCCCAGUCCAGACUGGCCUUCAGAGCCAGCGAAUCGAAUGUAAAAGGUUGCGACCCAAGAUAGUCGCCAGGUCCGCCACUUCUACUCCUCAGACUCCUUGUGUCUUCUCUCAUCCCUCAUUUCGCAAUGGCCGUGGCCUUGUUCUCGUCACUACCCCGGAAGUGGCGUCUAACCUAUUAAGCCAGGGGGCAUUAGAUGAGAGGGACCAAUACGGACCCCAUGGCUCAUCAUCUCCGGGGGAUUUCGUGCCAGGUCCUGUAUUGGAACCCGAAUCCGGUAUCCCGGCGUAUGAAGUACGAAGCUUGCCAGGAAGUGGCAAGGGCGUUAUUGCUCUUCGUCAUAUCAAACGAGACGAAAUCUUCCUACUAGAUCAUCCCACUAUCCUCAUUGCAUGGAAUUCGAUCGGGCUGUUUUGGGAUAAGACUCAGGAAUCAUUUCUCGAAAGUGCACUGAUCCAUCUACCCAAGGACGCAAAAAGAAGAGUACUCGGACUGUCGAGGACUAACCGAGUUCCGGGUCUGCCACUCUGCGAUCUAUUCAAAACCAACGUUUGUGGCUUCGUGCUGGGAGAUGGAACUCCUCACAUUGGUUUAUUUACUGAGUUCGCGGCCCCAGUGCUUUCUACAGGGUCUCUCCAAGUCAUUUAA